UUUACUCGUCAUGAAUUAUAACUUUAUUUUGCUAGACUCAGUAUCACCUACGGACUGUUCGGCUCCGUAUCGACCUUUGGGAAUGAAGGAUGGCAAUAUAACGGACGGUCAAAUCACUGCUUCUUCUGAAGUACCAGGCUUUCAGGCCUUUAAGGCGCGGUUUGAUGGCUCCUCGUGUUGGAGAAGUGCUAAAAGUAGCCUUGGAGAGUACUUGGAAGUAAACUUUGGACGAAAAGAGAACGUCAAAGCAAUUAAAACUCAAGCCGAUCCAUUGCAAGACAACUGGACAGAAAAGUACUACUUAGCGUUUUCCCUGGGGUUAGGAUGGAAGAAUGUUACUAGCCAACUUGGACGAGUUGCGAAUUACAAAGGGAAUACAGGGCCAAACCAUAUCAUCACCAACUACUUGGGAGAACUAAGCUUCCACGCGACAGCUAUCCGAAUCUAUCCUCUGAAAUGGCAUGGACGCAUUGCACUACGGCUGGAGUUGUACGGUUGCUAGGAAUCUAUCAUCAAGAAUGGCAUGGACGCAUGGAACCA